AUGGCUAAUCAUGGACGUACAAAGUAUGAGAUCCGAAGAUCAAAGAUCCAACAGGAUCUGUAUACUACAAAAGAAGAUGCAGUAGCUGCGUUCCAAGAUUUUGAUGAGAAGUAUCCACACUUCAUGGAUUCAGCCCAAAUUCUUCAUAGCAAGUUUUUUGUAAGCUUUUGCUCACCAGAAAUGCUUCAAUGCAAUCUGCCUUUUGCCGACCGAUCCAUCGUAACAGAUGUUACACUCAAGGCCGUCCCAAAGGGAUAUUAUUAUCUCUGCUCAAGCGUCAUCUACAUCGAGCAACUCCAGAAGCAUGUCUUCUUUUAUCAAGCGAUAAUCAAAAGCAACAGCGCUCAAGUUUUCAAGCAGUAUGCUGUUGCCUUGUUUAGAAAGUUCGACAUCAAGCUGGAGCAGUUUUUGGGAGUCAUCAUGGAUUUCUCAGCUGCGCAACACGAAGGGUUCAUACUAGCCCUUAGGGAGGUUUUUGGUGUCAAGCAGCACAAUGCAUUGCCCUUUUUGAAAGGUUGCUAUAUGCAUUGGAUGCAGUCAGUCAGACGGCUGUCUAACAAUUAUCAAGUGGUCAAGCCAGAUGAUAUUGAUCUGUUCUUGAAGCUAGUUCAUCAUUUCCGUACAACCAGCAAUUCAAUUGAAUUAUACCACACCGGCCAAGAGAUUCUCUCAAAAUUUCCCAACAGCAAAAAGUGGCUGCAGUGGUGGUUACAACCUGGCGUAUCAAGCAUGAUCUUCAGAUGCAAGUCAUUGAUGAAAAAGGAAUUGAGACAGCACAAGAGCCGCACGUCCAACGCGAUUGAGGCAUUCCACAGUGCGCUCUACAAGCUGAUGCCUGAGAGGAGACAACCUGUUGCCACCAAAAUCAAUGACGGCCGUGCGCCAGACAACAACGCCGCUCUCUUUGGAUCCAAGAAGAGAAAGCAAGAAGUAGUAAUCAUUGGUGAUGAGGAGAAUCGCAAGCGUAAAAAGGCCAAGAAAUUAAAAACUCGCGGUGCUGAUUUGAACGCUGCGAUCAACGAGCAUUUGGAUGAGGUUAUCGAAAUAGAGCAGAAUUGUCCAAUGAUCGAUGACAUUGCAGAUGACAAUAUCAGCGAUGAGAGAUCCUUCCUUGAACUACUCUCAGAUAGUGAUGGUAGAAACGAUGAAGCAGACGACAAAUAUCAUAGAACCGAGAAUCUAGAAAACGACAUUAAGGAUAUGUUCAAAGGUGCUGGUGUUUCUGUCGAAGAUGUUGUUGUCAACUCUGAUGAGAGCUUCGAAUCGUCUGUUAUUGGUCUUUUAUCUUCGCCAAUAAUAAAGACCAAGUCUAAGCCUACUGCAUCUAAGAUGAGAGCACCAACUGAUUCUGAUUUCUCGUUGUCUUCGUCUUCCUCGAACUUACCCUGUCUUGCAAGUAAUGACAAGCACAUUGAUCCUAUUAUACAAAGCAUUCAAAAGUCCACAUCUGCUACUAUAAUAGAUCUUUCCUCUCCUCCAAUGCUCCCUGAGAUUUUGGCAUCAGUAGCAAUUGAACCUAUUGCAAGCAGUUCAACCACAACAGCAGAUCAACCUUCGCUUGAGAACGACUCAUCUACCGCUGCUGGCUUCCUGUUGCCACAAAAAAGAACAUCUCUCUUGCAGAAAUAUCAGUGGCUCGUGAAAGAUUAUCAAAAUAACCAUCCAGACAGCCACCCAUCUCUGCCCCUUCCCACCUACAUAGUGUCAAACGAAAGUAACUCCUGCUUCAUCGAUGCGUUUAUUGAGCUUCUGUUCAAUGCUGUCCUUCCAUUUGUGGAUAUGUCUUUCGCUGAUGAAAACAACGCCUAUGAUUGUCUUCUCAUGAAUGCUUUUGAAUCAUAUUCUCAGCAAUCACCUUUUGGUAUCCGUGCUGCUACUUCUACUGUGAGGCACUUUGUUUGGAAUAUGACAGAAUACAAGCUUGUCUCUGGCGUUCGUCAGCUGGUUAAGUCCUUCUGUGGAGAACUUGGUUACAGAAGAGGAUUUAUUCAAUAG